GUAAGAAGGACCUACUAUAGAGAAUCGGAACACAAAGGCACUACACACGAGAAAUCACGUUUUUUCUCUCUGGGUACGGUGCGGGUGAGCAUAAAUCCUACCGUGUUCGUCUUUAAGCGGCACCACCGUUCACCGGUUGUUACCGUCAGCUGCUCACCGAAUAUGACCUAACAGUGAGGACCAUUACGCACCCUCUGCCUCAGUCGUUCAUCCGACGUCUACAGUCCCAAACCCCGACGAGAUUCACUCAACGGUAGCGUCUACAUCCGAAGCUCCAUAGCUGCUGCCGAGGAUGCUACCAUCAUCCACUGUUCUGUCUCUCGCCGGUGCUGGCACCGUACUGACGGUGAUUUUUUCCGGCGAAUUGGGUCAUCUCAAAGCCAAGUGUUCUCCCAGACCCAGAAAGGUUUUCAGCCGUUGGUGCAUAAAGGAGCUUUAUUUACAGCAACACUCCAUCAAUGGUUUCAAGUCCAAGAAGCAAAACUCACUUUCAAGCUUCGCAUUCGGUAAAAAAGCCGAAGACAGCUUUUUCUCGGAUGUAAAUGAAGACACAGAUGACAUGUAUGAAGAUUUAAUUAAUAAUUAUGGAAAAGUGGUAUUUAGUAGAAAAGACAAAAAGCCUGCUAGCGCAGAGAUUGAUGAUGAUGCUGAAAGCCUGUCAUGUAAGCUGAAAAGAAGUCUUGUCAAAGAAUUUAUUUCCACCUUGUUUACAUUCAUGUACAAUCUGUCUUUCAACCUUUUGGAUUAUAUCAGGUUUCUUUAAGAAGAUUCAUCUGUCAGACUAUCUGAAGGAUGAUAAAUUACAUAAGAAUCUUGUAAAGCAAUUU